UAACACAUUCGCUUGUCGGUUGGGCUACCGAUCGGUCUCUUUCCAUUGCGCAUAACGAUAUAUCAGUAAUACGGCACAGCUAUCUUUAUCUGUCGUUGUCAAAUCUAAACAAAAAAUAUAUUUUUUUAAAUUAAUAGUAUGAUGAAUAAUUUUGAUACCGAACUGUUUAUAAGUGAAAUUCAAAAGCGACGAUCCAUUUGGGAUACGUCGUCCCCGGAACACACGAACAAAGAGUUAAAAAGAAGGGACUGGGAUGAAGUUAUUGAUAUAUUUGCAUUAGAUGAUAUGUCUGCGAGUGAUAAACAUGUUUUAGGUUUCACACUAAGAAAGAGAUGGAAAAAUAUCAGAACGUGUUUUGCCAGAGAACUUAAAAGACAGAAAAAUUACGGUUCGGGUGUGGGUCGUAAAAGUGAAUACAUAUAUUACAAACAUUUACUUUUUCUCACAAACGUUAUGAACAUAGUAGAGAAAGAUAUAGAUGAAGAGCCAGAAUAUAUGUACUAUGACGAUAAUGACCUUGAGUUACAACAGACAACGGUCUCAGAAAAUAUCAAAAAAUGUAAACGUAAAACUUUAGAGGAUGAAGAUUCUUUAAGUGGUAGGGAGGAUGAUGAAGAUCGGUUAUUUUUACUAUCUCUACACAAAACCUUACAAAGGAUUCCAAAAACAAAAAAAAUUGCAGUGAAAAUAAAGAUGUUAUCGAUAUUAAAUGAAGUUGUGUUGAAUGAUGAGAAUAGUAGAUUAUAUAAAUAAUGCUCACAUGUUGACAUAACAUGUGUAUUUAUAAUUUCAUAUUAAUAAUAAUCCUAGUCAAAUAUCUGAGAUUUUUAAAAUAAGGUAAUGCCAAGGAGAAUAUCUUCUAAUAAAAAUGCCAUACAAACAUACAAUUAUACUUGUUGCUAUUGUGACCGAAGUUUAUUAUUAUGUUGACACAGUAAAGAUAAUUUACUCAGGAUUAGUAAGUUAUUGCAUGGUACAAUGGUUAGCCAUCUAUUUCAGACAAGUCCAUCUAAAAGAAAUUUAAACAUACAAGUUUAUGGAUAUUGUUUUAUUGAGUCUGGAUAUAAACAUUAGUUAGUAUUUAUUAGUACAUGUUUUUAAUUAAGCAAUAAGCAAUGUAAUUGCAACAAGUUAGGUAAUUGCUGUUUAAUUAAUAAAUUAUUUAAAUGAAUUACUGUUUGC